GUGAAAGUGAGUGGUCCCUUCGUCUCUUCUCUUUCCCCCCUUCGUAACCUCUUCAACUUUGUUUUAACACAGUACUACUUGUACACAGUAAGAUACUCGGCUGCCCUCCGAAACCACAAUCUCGACCCUCCAAAAGGAGUCAUCCACACCGUCUACAGUACUACACACGCAUGUACUAGACACUGCAGACUGCCUAUACUACAUGCUGCUCUUGUGUCUCACGCUUCCUGCUGCUGCGAUAACAAGUCGACCUUCCCAGCUUCCCCACUGUUGAGACAGGGUAGUCGCUUCCAGGUUCCUGUCAAUUUCACGCCCCUCCACCGGUACAUCGUCUUUCCGCGCAGAGUCCACCUUGACGACGAAACACGGCCGCUUUCAAUUGUACACGACCGACCAGCUCCUCUCCACGAGUCUCCUCCACGGUCUCCUCCCCUGUGCCUACGUAAGGUCCCUCCUUGUCCGCUCUCGCUCCAUAACCUCGCAUCGAAACCUACAGCCUUUCCUGUCGACUUGCGCUCCAGGGCUGGCCCGACGCGACUCUGUCUCUGCGACAUAUAUCGAGCCACUUGCGUCGCUUCUCCUUCUCCCACGUACCCUGCUGGGACAAUAACGACUGCAGGGAACUUGACCACAACAAGCCACUAGGUAUAAAUACCUACCCCCUUAUCCUGACUUUACACCGUCGGUCUCGGCGACAGAAGAUGGGAGCCUUAUGAAACGAUCGAGGGAAGAAUUAUUUGUGGCGGAACGUAGGACGAGACCGCGAAUCUUCGUCGCCAACAUAGCCAUGUCGCCAAAUCAAGGAACCAACACCCACUCUACCACAACCACCACCGCCACAUACCUCACCAUGAAAACACCAGGGGCCCAUUCGCGAUCGAAUUCCCAGUCCUACUUCACCCAUAAGCCUACCGGCACGCCGCUAGCCUCGCCGCGCAUCUACUCGGUCGGCCAGCCAUACCCUCCCCGGCUCUCUCCUGAUACGUCCGCCCAUCAACAACCCGCCCAACAGCAAGAUGCUCGUAUCCCGAGUCCUAAUUACUUUGGCCUCUCGGUCGAUCAUGCCGUCGACCCGCUGGAAUCGGCCGUAUUGCCCAGCGAGAACUGGAGCUCGCCGUCUUCCUCGGUAAAAUCAUUCGCCGCAGCAAUGCCGAAGCCAUUGCCCCUAGAUGCCAACCCCGACUUCGAGGCCUUCAGGAGGCAAAUCGAUGCCAACCUCGGGAGGUCGUCCUUCAGCUUGUCGGGGUCGCACUUCAAUAUCACCAUGGGCCCGCGUACGCCCGGUCCCACAACACCUUUUGGCUUCAAGAGGCCAGAGCCGCCCAAGCGACAUAAUCUGAGCCUCGGUGCCGAGCCCACGAGCGGCCACUUCCCCAGGCUGUCUGGUUUGGGCUUGCAUGGCCCGCUCCCCAACCUCAAGUUGAACAAGGACAUUCAAAACCUCAAGCAACCAGGUGACAAUGAUAGUAUACAUGACUCCGCCUAUAUCUCCGGGGACUCGAAGCGGAGCUCCCAAGCCUCCCUCAAUGCCCCUUCCUUCUUCAACAUGGGCAGGCACGAAUCACCAGCGCAGAUCGAUCCCCCUUUCGGAACCCCCGUAGAAUGGGGUAAGUCGGCUCAUUCCAUCUCCCGAGUCGAUGACCGCCACCCGCGUUUGUCAAUGUCAUCAACAAAGGCCGAGCCACCAAUGCAGCAACGAAGAGCGGAUACUGUCCCUCCCAACCCCAAGGCAGCAGUGAACAACGAUGGGCCGGCUAUGAUAGACCCGGCACGGCUGAAGGACCUUAUGGACCAGGGGGACGAUUCAGACCUCUUGUUGCUUGAUAUCCGCGUCUCGCCCCAGUAUGCCGUAUCUAGGGUAAAGGGUGCUUUGAACCUGUGCAUUCCCACGACACUGUUGAAGCGAGCAACAUUCAACUUGCAGAAACUCCAGCAAACGUUCUCGGCAAACCAGGAUCAGGACAGGUUCUCCAACUGGCGUAACGCAAAGUACCUGGUCGUCUAUGAUGCUUCGUCGUCUGACAAGCGCGAUGCCAUGGGCGCAAUCAACAUGAUCAAGAAGUUCACGAAUGAGGGCUUCUCUGGUUCAGCAAACAUACUGCGUGGAGGAUUCAGGGCCUUCGCCGAAACAUACCCAAACCUGAUUGACCGUGGGUCGUCCGCUACCACAACGCCAGCCCUGUCUCUAGGGCAGGGUGCCGGAGCUGGUCUUGGAGGAGCCAACAUUCCGCCUGUCAUUGGCGGUGUGAUGUUGCCCACUACAGGGAAGGGCCCUAACCCCUUCUUUAACAACAUCCGACAAAACCAAGACUUGGUCGACGGAGUUGGGCAAAUGGACAUUGGUCUUCCUCAAGAGCUCAACAAGGAGACUCUACCAAAGUGGCUAAAGGAAGCAGCCGACAGUGGUGACCAUGGAAAGAAGGUGUCAGAGAAGUUUCUGAGCAUUGAGUUGACGGAACAGUCUCGGAUGAAGGACGCUUACUCCGUUUUCACUCCUGGUGCCAACGGGGGCCCUAAACACCACGGAAAGGUGCAGCUGUCCGGAAUUGAAAAGGGUGGAAAGAACAGGUAUAAGGAUAUUCUACCGUUCGAGCACGCGCGGGUAAGGCUUCAGGGCCGCCAAGAGGGCGAAUGCGAUUAUGUCAAUGCCAGCCACAUUCAAGCAAGCCGUAGCAAAAAGCGAUACAUCGCUAGCCAGGGCCCGCUACCGGCCACUUUUGAGGAUUUCUGGUCUGUCAUUUGGGAUCAGGACGUCCGUGUUAUCGUCAUGUUGACGGCCGAAUCCGAGGGAGGGCAACUUAAGUGCCAUCCCUACUGGAAAGGCAAAGACUUUGGUCCCAUCAAGCUCCGAGUACUGUCAGAAAAGAAGGUGUCUUUGGAUAUUGACAAGCACAGACAAGGCUCUCAAGGUGGCGUACCAACAACGUUAGAAUCCGCCUCUGCGACAACAAACGCGCCUUCCGGGGAUGCUACGCAAGGAGCUUUCCCUUGGAAUCCAACCCAAGCUGGGGGGGCGGACGGUGGCCGCCGUCGUGCCAACACCACAACGGUGCAGCCAAACCUCGACGGCACGCAACAGCCCGCUACGGCUUUGGCAGAGACACCAUAUGUCAUUAUUCGCAAGUUUGCCCUGAGCCAUUCCGCUUACCCCUUCCUCCCGAUGCGCGAGAUCACCCAACUCCACUACCCCUCUUGGCCAGACUUUGGAGCGCCGGCUCAACCGAGCCACCUCCUCGCCCUGGUCGAGCUCGCCAACAUCAUGCAACGAGCGGCACCCGCCCUCGAAAGCUCUGGCGCUGCCCCCUCCGACGAGAUACAAGUCGAUGUUAAGAACUUUACCAACCGUCUUAAGCGCGGCGACUCACUACCCCUCGACCCGGGCGACGCACCCGAACCGAACGACCACGCGCGCCCCAUGCUGGUGCACUGCUCUGCAGGCUGUGGCCGGACAGGUGCCUUCUGCACGGUUGACAGCGUGAUCGACAUGCUCAAGCGUCAACGGAUGCGCAAAACGCAGAAGGCGGAUCGGCGGAUCGAUGACCGCUUCGGCGGGCGACGGAUCUCGGAGACUGACGGAGAGGUCGAUGGGGUCAUGGACGGAGUCAAACCUUUUAAGCGACAGGCAACCGAGAAUAAUCGCGACCAGGACGGCGACAUCUCCAUGGGUGGACAGAAGGGUCUUCGAUUUGAUCAUGGGCCCGGUGGUUCAGGAGGGAUGAAGAACCUGGAUGAGAGCAAGGGAUUCGACUUCGGCGUCCCACCCGCACCGACCGAACCGAAGGACGACCAAGGAAUCGACACCACCUGGCUCGACGACGACGGCCUCGACCUCAUCGCCAAGACCGUUGAGGACUUCCGCGGUCAGCGACUGAGCAUGGUUCAGAGUUUAAGGCAGUUUGUUCUCUGCUACGAGACAGUCAUUGAGUGGAUCUGGCGGCUGGAGGAGCGCUCUCAUCAUACCAGCGCUGGUGGUGCUGGUGGGAGGAGAGGAAGUAGCAGAGUUAGGACUGGAAGCUUGGCGCUGUGAGACCAUCAUGGGCCGGUGUUUGAGAGGAUAACGGAUUGUACAGAAGCUGGUCAGGUCAGUUGCGCAUCGGGCCUAUCUCUUUAAAGGGGCUUCGGUGCAGGCGAAUAGACAGAUCGAAAAGAAAAGAGCAUUUUGGCACGGAAAGGGAAAUGGAAUGGAUAUGGAACGGGAUGGAAGGGAUGGGAUAGAUACAUUAUAUGGUUCUUGAUCCGUUGUUGUCUCCAUUUACAACACGGCGGUGGACCACACAGCGACAGAAGGAGAGUGAGAGAGAGAAAGGACUGAUGGACGGAUGAACCGAGGAAGUAAGGGACGAAGAGAUGAAGAUGGCAUGAUGAUCAAAGUCUUCCUUUACUGCUACUACUACUACUACUACCACUAUUACUACUACUAGCAUAUUUUUGGGUUGGCUGGCCGGUUGGUGGGAGAGCGUGUCAUCAUCUUGUUACGUUGUUGUUGCCUUUUUUUUUUUUUUUUUUUUUUUUUUUGGGUGUGUGUUGUUGUUGUUGUUGUCGUUGUCGUACGUUUGUCUACGUAUACCUCAAGUUUCCCAGUACCCCCUUCUCUGCACUUUUCCUGUCGUUUUCCAUUGUUACCAUUACCAUGAACCAUUUGCCAUCACCUGAACUUCGCUCAAAGUAUUACUGCUGCUGGUGUUUGGAGUACUUGAAAACUUGC